AAAGGCGGCGGGAAGUUGGUUUUCUGAGUAGCAACUGAGCAGCUUGUAGACGGAUUGGAAGUAGCGGACCAAUAAACAAACGUCUCAUUGGCUUAGAGUGCUUAAGUUCCCAAUUCUUCAGCUUCCCAUUGGGCCUUUCAAGCGAGCAGGGGCGUCACUCCAGGGGCUCCGCCCCGAGCCUUGGCCCAGUCUUGGGGUCCAAGGCUGAGGGAGCGGGACGGAAGUGAGCGGGUCCCGCCCCUUCCCCUUCUCGUCUCCGUUGGAGUCGUCUCUGCCGCGGCUUCCUCGGCUGCCCGCUCUCCGGCGAGUCGGAGUCCUCGUGCCCUACCGUCAGUCCCCGGCCGCGCGGAGCCGGGAUGCACUGUUCCUGCUGUGGGUCCUCAUCAUGGAGACCAAACGGGUGGAGAUUCCCGGCAGCGUCCUGGACGAUCUCUGCAGCCGAUUUAUUUUACAUAUUCCCAGCGAGGAAAGAGACAAUGCAAUCCGAGUGUGUUUUCAGAUUGAACUUGCCCAUUGGUUUUACUUGGAUUUCUACAUGCAGAACACACCAGGAUUACCUCAGUGUGGGAUAAGAGACUUUGCUAAAGCUGUCUUCAGUCAUUGUCCGUUUUUGCUGCCUCAAGGUGAAGAUGUGGAAAAAGUUUUGGAUGAAUGGAAGGAAUAUAAAAUGGGAGUACCAACAUAUGGUGCAAUUAUUCUUGAUGAGACACUUGAAAAUGUACUACUGGUUCAGGGGUACCUAGCAAAAUCAGGCUGGGGAUUUCCAAAAGGAAAAGUAAAUAAAGAAGAAGCUCCUCAUGAUUGUGCUGCUAGAGAGGUCUUUGAAGAAACUGGUUUUGAUAUCAAAGACUAUAUUUGUAAGGAUGAUUACAUUGAACUUCGAAUCAAUGACCAGCUUGCUCGUUUGUACAUCAUUCCAGGAAUUCCAAAAGACACAAAAUUUAACCCAAAAACUAGGAGAGAAAUUCGGAACAUUGAGUGGUUCUCUAUUGAGAAAUUGCCUUGUCAUAGAAAUGAUAUGACCCCCAAAUCCAAACUUGGUUUGGCACCUAACAAAUUUUUUAUGGCCAUUCCCUUUAUCAGACCAUUAAGGGACUGGCUUUCUCGAAGGUUUGGCGAUUCCUCAGACAGUGACAAUGGAUUUUCCUCAACUGGUAGCACGCCGGCUAAACCCACUGUGGAAAAAUUGAGUCGAACCAAAUUCCGCCACAGUCAGCAGUUAUUUCCUGACGGUUCUCCUGGUGACCAGUGGGUAAAGCACAGGCAACCACUGCAGCAAAAGCCAUAUAAUAAUCAUUCUGAAAUGUCUGACUUUUUAAAAGGAAAGAAAUGCGAAAAGAAACUUCAUCCACGGAAACUUCAAGAUAAUUUUGAAACAGAUGCUGUAUAUGACUUACCUAGCUCCAAUGAAGACCAGUUGCUAGAACAUACCGAGGGACAGCCCGUGGCAUGUAAUGGACAUUGCAAGUUCCCCUUUUCAUCCAGAGCCUUUUUGAGUUUCAAGUUUGACCAUAAUGCUAUAAUGAAAAUCUUGGACCUUUGAUAGCAGCAGAUGUAUUGUAAAUGUCCCAGGAUCAGAGACCUGUUGCAUUUGAGUGGGUGUCUCCUCAAGCCUUACCUUUCUCAGGUGUUUUAAAGAAAUGCAGGGAGGCAAUGUUUCUGAAGACAUUUUCUGUUUAUAAGAGAGAGUAGAAAGAAACACGAGUUUGCACUGUAAAUGCAGUUAUAACCUUUUAUAGAGAUUUACCUUUCCAGUGUUUAGUACAAGUUUAAGUUGCUUUCUUUGAGGGCAUUUAUUCUGUGUGACUGUGGGUUUUAUUUUGUAUUCUGGUUAAGAAAAUAAUGUAUUGAGUUACUGUCAAGUAGCCAAGUUAAUGGGAAUGCUGCAUCUACCUGUUACAGUGAUUGCAAUAAUAGUAUAUUGGAGUUUUUCAAAGAAACUUAAAAUAAUGCCCAAUUAUUAAAUGAACACAAGAGCUGAGAUGUGACAUUCAUCACGAUUACAGAUGAUCUACUUUGGUGGCAUUUUGUACUUCUCUCUGCUUCUAACCACUGAGGCUCUCUAAUCUUCCUCUGGAGUUUCAGUGAAAGGAUUUAUUGAGCAGCUUCUGGAAUAUAAUGUGCAUGUCCAAAAUGAACUCUUAGCACUUAAAAAGGACAAAGUCUGCAGCCUGGAGGGGCUUGAGUUGUUGGGAGUUAAUGCUGUGAUUUUGAGCUGUGGUUAAAUGCAGUCAGUAAACCUGUGAGACUGCUGGAGGAAAUGUAGCAGACAGCAUGGAGGCUGGGACCCAGCAGCUACUUUGGGUCAUGUCUUUACUAUCCUGCCUCCAACCCUUUAGUCUCGUAGACUUUUGUUCUUGUGGAAAUUUCUUCUGUAUUCCAGCUGUGUAAAUAUGUAUGAAAAACUGAUAUUACUAGGUUUUACAUUGCAUCUCCAGUAUUGAUCUUUGGAAACUGAUGUUAUAUUAGGUUCCAGUUUGCAAUAGUAGCAGAGACUGACAUGCUUUUAUUGGCCUGCUAAGCCCCUGGAUGAUGGAGCGAGAAGGGAAGGGGUAUGCAGUUUACCCAAGUCCAAAUAAAGCAUUUCACUAGGUUACACGUUAUGUAUAUGUGUUACAUAACAGUAACGUACGUAACUCACUCCUAGGAAUGUAUUUUGCUUUAGGAUUUUUAAAUUCAAAUACGGAUGGCAGUGCCCAUUUUAAGGAGGAUUUCAGCUAUAAUUGAGGACAAUCACCAGGGCGUUAAGGGGGCUUUAGUGUUUUGGCUGCAUCUGACCUCAUUGAAGGAAUUUCUUGGGAGUAGGGGAUGUUUGAGUAUGUGUGUGUGUGUAUCUAUCAUGUGGGUUUUAAAAAUCCUUUUUUACAGUGGUAUCCACAAAAUACUUCUCUGCUGAUAAAUGUUACAGUAGAGAUCUUUAUUCUGUGUAGGUAGCCUAUUUAAUUGGGUUUCACUGAACCUCAUGGGACUUUUAAAAGAAGGGCUAUUUAAGGAAUUCACUUGGUAGUACUUUGCUUUAGCUUUUAAAUGGCUUGGUUUUAAAGGAGAAAUUCUAUUUAUUAAUGAAAGUGUCACCCUUUUGGUGCUAAGCAGGAGAAUUCACAAUUAAAGCAGUGUGCAUAGAAUUAUGAUACUCAGAAUCCUGCAUCUUUUAAUGUGACAAAUUUUUGAAUCCUGUGACCUUUGCUUUUUAAUGCAUUAUAUGAUUGUGUUUGGAAGCUUUUACUGUUCUUUUCAGAAAUACGGCUGCUUUGCUUGGGUCUCUUUGAGCCAUAUUUAUAGUUGGUCCCAGCAUUCCAGACUUCUGUUAACUUGUUAAAGGAGUGAAAAUGUAGUUUGCCUGGCAGAUGAAUAAUUUUCACUCAUUUAUUGUCUUCUGGAAACCAUUUAACUUUUACUGUUUUUUUUUUUGGUAUGUGUGUGUGUUUUUUUUUUUUUUUUUCUUUUUAAGUGCAUACUUUGGCCAGUUUUGCUGGUGCCUGUAGAGUUGGAUUUUUCAGCUCUCAAUACUGAAGCAAAAGAGAUUAGUUAGUUACCGGAAGUAUGGCCUCUAAUGGUGUUGAGCCUUUUCAAGAACCAACAAAUUAUCUUUGUGAUUACAGUAGUUUAACUAUGGUUAAAUGUUAUUGCUGUUGCGCUGCUUUAUUUAAUGCACUGUGGAACAAAAUAUAAGGGUAUUGUUGGGAUGCGAUUAUGAUAACUUCAGGCUUUUAGCUCUCCUCAAAGUUUGAGGUUAAAAAAAUGUUAAAAGGUGUGAGUUAAGGUUUAUGUGUGUGAUGUGACUUAACUAUGCAGAAAAUCCAAGUUGGAUGUACUUGUUUUAGGUACAUCUACUCUACUUAUUCCCUCAAACCUGGGUAAUAGUUUCUCAGUGUUCAGGUUACCUUGAGAAAGGCCGUGCUUAGCGAACUGGAUUUCUCCUUUGAGAAAUUUUAGUAUGGUUUGAGAAAAUCAAGUGAUAAAGGAGUAUGCUGAAUAUGCAAUAAUUUACUUCUACUGAGUGCUGCAUUUUAAGACGCUAGAUGAGAAGAGUAGUUGGUUUGCUUCAUUAUGUUUUAUGUCUUUGAGAGAGAUACAGGUCUUGGAAUUCACUUUUUAAAUGUUAUGUUCCAACCUUAUAUGUUCCAACGUGCAGUGCACUGUGAAUCUUUUAUUUUUAAAAAAUUUGUAGGUGCUUUUAUGUAUAACUUUAAUGGUUUAUAAGAUGCUAAAUGAAUUGUUUUUGUACCUAACCAUUGUAAUCCAAAAGAUAAGGGUGUGGUUUACAUGCUUUUCAAAAAUUUUUGUUAAGAAGUAGCAAAUGAAUGGUUUAGGAUUUCAAAUAGUGAUACCCUCCUGAGACAUGAGCAUUUGGAGAGGCCUGAGAACCUAAUAGAACUCAUAUAAGUGUGAGUGAAAUUUGAUUAAAGAUGUUGGAAAAUGAAGUUGGAUUUUUGUAUUCAUGCAUAAAGGAAAGUCUCCCAGUGCUGUCAAAGGAAUUGUGGUUACUACUUGCUGUUCUGAGCUUUGAAUAUCCUUAUUUUUCUAUUAAAUAUCAAUUAGUAAGUAUAGCUAAUGAAGACAUAUAAUGAAAGUAAUUUUAUGCUGUAAGAUUGAGUUAGUACUUUUCCUUUUGAAGGCUUUAGUAAUUGUAUGUAAUGUCAAAUAAAAGGAAUUCAAAUCUGAGUAAAUAACAGCCUCCUACUGUAGGAAUUAGAUUCUUCUAUAAAAGUCACCAUAUUGUGUCCUAUAGAAAAGUUAAGGUCUGAGUGCAUGUGUGCAUUAAAAACAUUUCACUACCUAUUCUCUCAUGGACCUACUUCUCGUCCUUUGUUUUUUCAUCUCCAACAGUUAAACGGUAAGGAGAGCAAAGUUAAUUAUAAAAAUUAGACAUUUUGCCAAGUUACUUUUCUUAACACAAUACCCUCUCGGCUUUUUUUUGAGACGGAAUUACACUCUUGUUGCCCAGGCUGGAGUGCAGUGGUGCAAUCUCGGCUCACCGCAACCUCCGCCUCCCGGGUUCAAGCGAUUCUCCUGCCUCAGCCUCCCAAGUAGCUGGGAUUACAGGCAUGCGCCACCACACCUGGCUAAUUCUGUAUUUUUAGCAGAGACGGGGUUUCUCCGUGUUGGUCAGGGUGGUCUCUCUUGGCUUUUUAUCUUUAUUUUUGUACCAGUGGACCUUCCUGCUCCCUGGGACUGUUUUGAUUGACAUCUUUUGUGUUUCUAUAUUUUCUGAGGCAGUAUUUUCUUUGUAUGUUAAUCAUAGUUAUAGUAAAGUCAGAUUCAUUAACUUUUCUUCCUAGUAAUUUUGACUUGGAUUAUUUUCUAGCCUGGGGGAUGGGGUUCAUAUGUGUUGUUGUAACUUUAGAUUAAUAAGCAAGACAAACUAUUUUGUUUGAAGGUAUCCUUUACAUACCUGUCUCUAGGUAAACAAGUGUUAGUAAAAACAAUUUUAUCAGACAGUACUCCUGACAGCUUGGUAAAGUGUAGGUAGAGUUUAUUAUUUUGUAUCAUGUCCUAAGACUUUAAAGUGCAUUUGUCUAGUUGCCAAAAAUUCUAAAAAUGAGAUUAUGUUGGGCUUUCUCAGCAUCUUUUUGCUUCCUAGAAUUGAGUUGCUCUUGAAGUCUGUACUCCUGUGUCAGAAAGAUGGCAGAUUGCAAAUGGGCAGUACAGGCUUUGCCCCAUGCUUUCAAAGUAGGAUUCUGGAUUGCAGUUUCAAAAAAAUAUGAUAGAUUAUUGUUAUAGAAUCAAAGUGUCCUGAAGGGAGAAGAAUAGCUAUAGUUGCUGGGCAAAGAGUAUAAGAAACAAACUUUAGAGUAUUUAUCAAUACUUGAGUGUUGUAUUAUGUUCCAGGCUAGAAAUGUGAUCAUUGCAUGGCCUAAGUGUAGUCAUUCAUAUAUAUAUGAAUAUCUAUAUCUAUAAAUAUAUGUGUAUCGCCAUUAUCGAGUGUUUUCUAGCCCUGGAUAAAGUGAAUUUUUUCGAAGUAUGAUUGCCAAGCAAUCCAGUGAAUCUAAAGUAAUUUUUCUCACUUUAAAGACCAGUGGUGAGGAGUCUGGUCCUUCAUGAAGUAAUACUGUAGAACUCCAGUCAAACUCGAGUGCACUGGUUUCUUACAGGAAGACAACUCAGAACACACAGCCAUAAUCUGCUGUGGUGUCAGUCACAUCACGGUGGUUAUACAUUUGUCCUGAAUGGUGAUUCAUUCCUUUCCAUCUAACUUUCUUGUGACAAAUAGCAUUUACUAGAAAUAGUAGUCUGUAAAUAGGGAAAAGAGUGAAAGUUACUCUUACCCAUGGGAGUGGGCUUAAAGGGUUGACCUCCACCAGCUGAGUACAAACAAGUGUAAAGAAAAACUAUGAUAAAGUAUGGAGGUCUUGAGGAUUGUUCAUAAUGAAAUCUUUAAUCUGGGUUAUCAGAGUAAUGAAAUCACCAAUAAAAACAUUCCAUUUAUCUUGGAUCUUCUGUGGUUAGCAGAGGAGUAUGGUCUAGCUAUGUUAGCAGCUUGAAGGCACCAACCUAAAAGGAAUGAGCUUUCACAAGGUGCUUAUGUUAGUUGGGUAGUAUUGGUCAAAGGUACUCUGAAGAGUGAAUGCAGAAAUCAACUGCCUGUGUUUGUAACCUUGUUCCACAUGGACCCUAACCUUUAGUAGACUUCAGUCUUUUAGUCCAGUAGAAGACAGCGGCCCUGAAUAUGUGUUUUCUGCUUUUUGGUGGAAGGUUUCCUGCAGGUGGUUGGGUGGUUUUUGGGUUAUUGGCCACUGUUCAUUUAGUGCCAUUUGAAGACCUGUUGUUUCUUAAUCCCUUUUCUUGGUGUGACUGGCCAGGAAAAAGUCCAUUGAGUCCUUUUUUUCUCCCUGGUGUCUUAUCCCUUCUGUAGAAUAAUCCAUCUUUUUAAAUUUAUAUUACAUCUCCGUAACAAACCUGCCACAGACUUGUAAGCAGUGAUUUUAUCUUUCCUUCCUGAGAAGGUGAUCGCACUUUUGAUGUUUGGGUCAUCUGUGGACCCCUGUGCUCUUUUGAGUCUCAAUGCUUAUAGCUUUCACAUUGGCUUGGGAACAACAGACUUGUGUGUGGUUCUAGAGUGAAAUGGGCAGUGUCCUGCUGGUCCUCAGUCUUUGAGAGGUCUUAGGCAACGUCCUUAGUAUAGUGGAAUUUGAGGUCAAAUUUAACAUUUUAAUGUAUUAUCCUUUUAGUUCAUUGAAUCUGAGGUUCUAAACCUGUAGCUUCAUUUUGAGCGCAAGUCUGCAUUGUCAUUUUUUAAGAGAUUGGCAGGCAUAUGCUUUUGUGAUACUUAGGAAUAGACUGUGGAUGGCAGCAAAUGAAAGUAAAGGUUCUCAACUGUGAAUGAAAUUUAGAAAGAUAAUUCUUCAGCAGUUGGUUGAUUAGAUGGGUUAGUGCUUUUGGAACAUGUAACAGUAGACUUGUAUUCUUUAUGCACCAUACAUAUGAUACGCACUGACAGAAAAGCACAGAAGACAUACUGCUAAGAGUUUCUUUGUGCAUUUCACUACUGUUCUAGGGGACUGCUGUCUCUUUGGUUCCUUUUAGGUUUGUGUUAGGAUGUUGCACAAGUAAUCAUUUAACGUUAAAUGCAAAUGUCCAAAGAAAUGAGUCUUAAAGUUCUUUGGUCAUAUUUCACUUUAGAGUUAGGACAGGAGACAGCUAACCUGACUUCCAUUUUAUAAAUACUAGAAACUUUUUCUUCAGUAACAAAAAUAGGGAAGGACAAUAAAACCAUGAACUAUUUUGCUUUAUGUCUAUUUUUAAAAAAUAAUUGUUUUGAAGUUUGCUUAUUAGCUUAAUACCUUAUAGUACUUUUUAAAAAUCAUCCUUGGUAAUUAUUGACUUAUCCUAGAUCCAUGUACAAUUCAGACUUUUAUCUGUUAGCUUUAAUAAAAAUUUAAAACAAUCUCAUUUCAGAAUAAAAUAAAUGGAAUUAUAGUUCAUGCAUUAGCAUUUUUAAGUGAAGUUUUCUUAAUAAGAUUGUCUUUUGUCUAACCAAAAUAGGGCAUACAGAUUAGUUUGGAUGGGAAAGGGGUAAGACUUGACUUUUUAAUACUGUGCCUAUUUCCAAAACAAGACUUGAUGUGGCUUUUUACAUUAUGCUUUAAAGAUGUUAAUGGAAGAUACAUAGUCUUAAAACAAUUUGUUUGGGAGUAAGUUUUAGUCGGAAAAAGGUGAAGAUAUUUAUGCUGAGUUACGUUAAGCAAAUUAUUUGAGACCUUUUGCUGGUAGACAAAAACUGAGGAAAUGUUUCACUAAAUAUAUUAUGGUCAAUGAAAAAACCGGACUUUAGAGUAAAUGUGAUAACCAAGUAGAUUUGUGAACUCUAUUUCUUUAGUAAUUAUUUUUGUCUUAUGUGGAAUGAUUCAACCUUUAAUUUUUGCCUAGAUUAUAACAGUGUUUUAUUUUACCUUAAUAGGGCAUUUUAAGGCUUGGAGAAAGACUGUAAGUAAACCUACUUCAAGGGAUUCUGUUCAUGGUAGUAUAGAGUUCUUGGUGCUCUUUUGGAAAUCGUCAAACAUUUACUGAUAGCAGAAAAGGAACCCCAAAACACCGGUAGUGUUCACCUUGUUAUAAGAACUGAAACAUUUAGAACAGGUUUUAUUUUGUUUCUAGAUUUAUGUUGUUGUAGUUGAACAGCAACUUUGUCUUUUUCCCUCAGUGUUAACGAAAGGAUAAAGAUUGACUUUACCUGUAUUGUUGGGUAUGACUAUCAAAGGAUUUCCAGUGUUUCAUGUUUGUGAAUUAGAGUUUAAAUGUCUGCAGGAUUACUGUACUUCCAAAGACCCACUAGAAUGUCAGCUGUACUCUGUACUCUCCACUGAGAAAAUGAACAAAAUCCUAUGUCUUUACAGUUAUGCUCUAACUAACUUUUUGAAAGCUUUUUCAUGUAAAUAAUAGGUUAGAAACUAAAAGCCUUUUAAUCGUACAAAAUACAAUUUGAAUGAUGGAAGGUUGUUCAGAUACUGGCUUUCUGUAAAAACAUCAUUGUGUUAGAUUGUUUGUAAUGUGCUAUCAAUAAAAUUGGCUGCUUGGGCAGUUUUAGUUACCACCUUA